AUGACGACGCCUGCGAUUCGAAUCCCUUUUACGGGCCCGCUACCCCCAGCAAUUAUAGUGCCGCAGUCUGCACGUACAUUGACAGGUGCCAUUGAUGCAGUCGGUCGUUUCUUCACGGCGCCACCGUCCCUCCAUCUCCGUGGCGUCGAUGUGGGAAGACAUUCUCAAACGGUCCUACUGACCGGCGCAGGCAUUUCUGUCGCAUCUGGUCUGUCAGACUAUCGAGGUGACCAGGGCACUUACCGACGAAACAAAUCCUAUCGACCGAUUUACUUCCACGAGUUCAUCUCACGUCAUGAGUCGCGUAAGCGUUAUUGGGCUCGCAGCUUCGUCGGGUGGCCCGGACUAGUGAAAGCUAAGCCAAACUCAACUCACUGGGCUAUCAAAGGUCUCAGUGACAAGGGAUACAUUAGUUCUGUCGUGACGCAGAAUGUCGACUCGUUCCAUUCCCUCGCGCACCCGGAACUCGAUACCCUCGAACUACACGGAUACCUACGAUCGGUCGUCUGCACGAGCUGUCGGAGUCAGCUUCCCCGUGCUGAUUUUCAGGCGUCGUUGGAGAGAUUGAACCCAGCGUGGGCGGAGUUCCUUGCGCAAAUGGUCGAGAUGGGCGCACUCGAUACCGAGAACCCGGAAGAGCAGCGGCGGAAAGGCUUGAAGCUCAAUCCGGAUGGUGACGUUGAUCUUGCAAAGGCGCCAUAUUCUACCUUCCGGUAUCCCUCGUGUCCAACCUGUUUGGAGAACCCUCCUAUGCAGAAAGACGGUACCAAGGGACAUGUAGAGGUGGAGAGCGAUGGUGCGUGGUUACCGAAUUCAACUGCUGGCAUUUUGAAACCUGCAGUGAUCAUGUUCGGUGAAAACAUCGACCCAUUGGUCAAGACAGCGGCUGAAGAAGCGAUCGACGAUGCUGGGCGGCUACUCAUACUGGGCAGCAGCCUGGCAACCUACUCAGCGUGGCGCUUGGUGGAACGAGCCCACAAACGAGGCAUGCCAAUUGGCAUUGUCAAUGUCGGUGGAGUGAGGAAUGAAACCAUGCUCUUUGGCGACAUCGAGGAUGAGCCCAGUGCCCAUGUGCGAUGCAGCCAUCCGUCGCAGAAUAUCCUACCGACCGUUGUAUCACAACUCCCUGUGAAUGAACUAUAA